CGGAUGAGCAAUAAACGCCAUUUGCAAAGCGUAGGAAGUGGUGUGGAAGGGAAGACAACACCACGACACAAUCUGCAGCAAUCAGAAAACAUGAUGAAAUUACUGCCAAAAUUGCUUUUACUCGUCCUCCUAGCGUUCCCUGCAACCAUUAUUUUCAACAGCAGAGGACCCCUUGUAGCAGCUCAAGAUGCUACAGAGGAUGAGGAGGCAGCAGAAGAUAUUAUUGCAGAGGAUGAAGAUGAUGAAGCUGAAGUAGAAGAUGAUGAAACUACAGAUUUGACUGAAGAAAAAGAGGAAGAGGAGGAAGAUGCAACGUCGGGGGAAGCCAAAGCCUCUCCCAAUGCUGACACAACCAUCUUGUUUGUCAAAGGAGAGGGUUUUCCUGCAAACAACAUUGUGAAAUUCCUUGUUGGCUUUACCAACAAAGGCAGCGAAGACUUUGUGGUGGAAUCCUUGGAUGCCUCCUUCCGCUACCCUCAGGACUAUCAGUUCUACAUCCAGAACUUCACAGCUCUGCAGCUCAACACAGUGGUGCAGUCUCAGAGACAGGCCACCUUCGAGUACUCUUUCAUUCCAGCCGAGCCCAUGGGAGGUCGUCCUUUUGGCCUUGUCAUUAACCUCAACUACAAGGACACCAAUGGAAAUGUUUUCCAAGAUGCUGUUUUCAACCAAACUGUCACUAUCACAGAGAAGGAAGAUGGCUUGGAUGGAGAAACAGUCUUCCUAUACGUGUUCCUGUCUGGUCUUGGACUGCUUGUCAUUGUUGGGCUGCAUCAGCUUCUAGAGUCUAGAAAGAGACGGAGACCAGCUACCAAGGUAGAGAUGGGUACAUCUAACCACAAUGAUGUUGACAUGAGCUGGAUUCCUCAAGAAACUCUGAACCAAAUCAUGCAAAGCAGACGAGAUAAAGCCUCUCCAAGAAGGUCACCCCGUAAGAGAGCACAGAAGAGAUCUGCGGGGUCAGAUGAGUAACUGCCCCAGGAAGAUAGAAUUCAUCCUGUCCAUUGUGAGCAAGAAUGAGGACAGUGCAACAAAGCCAUAUGAGCAUACACACAAAAUAAAUCCAUGAACUUGAGCAGCAUUUAAAAAACUGUAUACUCUGUCAUGACUGCAGCAAGCAUGUCAUUACAAACGCAUUCUCCUAAUUUAUUUUACAAAUUAAGUUGUUCCCCCUUUGAUCUGUUUUUAAUGUAUUUUUUACAAAAGUCAGGCAGUAACGGACAAUGUUGCUGUGCUUAUCUUGCAAACCUAAAUUGGGGGUGGGGGGUGGGGCUUUUGUGUCUCAAUUAAGUUUAAUUCCUCAUCUAAAGAGUUGCCUUUGGCAUGUUGUCUCCAGGGAGUGUGUAGGGCUUCUGAAGAAAUUGUCAUUGUAAUAAUAAGAAGAGAGCCCUGGGUUUGUACUACUUUUCGUACAAAUGCUAGCUUUCUCCAGCCAGUAACAGCCAUGUGGUAGCUGCUGUUUGUUCUGAUAUGUUGUAAGAAUAAUGGUGGCAGAAUUAGCAGUUUGUCUUGAUAAUGCUGCUAUUUCUGCACUGAAAUAAUUUGUAAUGGUAGAAACAGCUGACUGCAUUUUAAAAAAAUAAGUAAAUAAAAAUCCAUGAUUUUGGGAGAUACUAGUUGUGUAGCAUGUGUCAGAGAAGCAGAAAAUCCUCUAAUAACCUAUUUAGAUUUUAUUUCUUGUUGGACUUUUUUAUUUUACAUUUAAUGGUUUGUUUUGCAUGGUGAACAGUAGUUUUGGGCCAUGAUACUUUAAUGUAUGUUGCAUGGAGAAAAUGGGCAUAUAAAAGACUGAGAAUUGCUGUUCACCAUACCUGAUGACAUUCAUGCUCUGUAAAAUGUGUUUUUUUUAUAUAAUUUGAAUGGUAAAGACCACUGGAAAUUAUAAUUGCCCAGAAAAUGCAUUGUCCCACAGCUGUGAAUUAAUUGAAAAGAAAUGUAAUCCUGUGUAUCGGGAAAGGAAAAACUGGACUGUGACUUUUUAUUGUACUUUUUUUUUUUUCCCCUGUUUUAAAACUUAGUGGUGUGCAAAGGAUUGCAUUGAAAGUAAAGAAUAAAUUUACAUUUUUUUCA